AUUCCAUCCAAGGAAAUCACUUAACAGCGUGUCCAUACAACUCCCUACUUUUCAAGGUUUCCGGGAGCUGCAACGCAAGGCGUUGAUUCGCAGUACCCAUCCAGGGGUCCGGGGGCGCGCCUAUGGAAAACUGCUGGCUGUGCUACUUUACUCGUAUACGAAGUAAACUUGCACUUGCACUUGUACGCGAAAAGAACCCCUGUUCCAUCCAUCAAAAAUAACAUGACGCGCCGCGAGGUGGAGAUUUGUUUGUUGAUCGUUCAGCCGAGCCAUCGUCCUCAAAUCAUGGAUCCAUCCCAUUCCGAUGCAUCGUUCGAACCCUCGCAAUGGACCAACGGACACCCAGGGCCAUUGGUCCUUUGCCUCUCGCUCGCGUGUAUUCUGUCUGCAAUUGCAUGGCCUAUCUACUUGCCGCCAAAGCUAAUACCUAAACUCUGCCGCCUGUCGCCUGCACGUCUUUUGAUCUGACCUGCUGCUCAUGCGCAAUGAUCCCCAGACGGGCUCGACACCAACCCCUCCUAGUGUAUUCCAAACCCAUGUCCAUGUACGGAGUAAUAAUGGUGUAAU